GUGUAAAAGUUUAUUUAAAUUAAAUUCAUCUAGCUAGUAUUUUCUAACUCCUGUAUAUAUAUAAAUGCAGGCAUAUGUAAUUGAUUUUCUACUAUAAUUUGCAUUACAGGAAAUCGGUGAAUAACUUGUGCAUAAGUGCAUUUGAGAUGAGAAUAAAAAAAAGAACAACGAUGUUACCUCAGAAAGGCUUCAUGUUCCUUAGACAUUUUUUUGCCUCCACUUCUAAAUCAAAUGACACAAAAGAGCAAUCAAUAUUUUGCUUUUAUUUCACAUAUUCUUUCCUUCCUUCCACUCUUUCUUUCAGACAAAUCAUAACCAACAUUUAUUCUUUUUGAUUAUUCAAUCCCACACCAAGUCAAAUCACUCUCUCCACACCUGCACAAAACAAAACUAUCAUAUUUUUUUUUUAAUUCAACACAAGUUAUUUAUUAUUGUCUUAUUGUCACUGUCCAUCAUAUGGCUUCUAGUUCUACACCUCAAGCUCAGCCUCGAGUAGAUCAGAUUCAAUGGCAGAUAUCAUGCUAGAUGCCUUGAAGCAAAGCCGUUUCCAUAUGGAAAUGCUUUGACAGGUUUGUUGCAAGUGGGAAGAGGUUAAUGAAACAGCCUCAUGUGAUCGAGGAUGUGGAUAAAGCAGUUAAAGACAUGAUUGAGUGGAAAAAGCUUUUAGAUGGCAUGUGGGUUACAUCCUCAGUUGCACUUAGGGCAAGUGAUGGAAAUGCUUUGGAGUUAGACUUUGGGGCUUUUGAGUUCUCCAACCCUCGGAUGGUUGAUUCUUCUAUUGGGAAUGGACUAAACUCUACUACUAAGAUCUUGGCCCCAAGGUUGAGUGAGAGCUCCCAAAGCAUAAAUCCUUUGCUGGAUUACUUAGUGAGCCUUAAUUAUCAAGGAGAGAAUCUUAUUAUCAAAGUCACUUUGAACACCAUGCCAAAGCUUCAGCAAGCACUGAAAGUGGCUCAAGCUAUGUAUCUGCAGUCUGCACUCAAUAAAGAUACACCAUAUCUGAAAUUUGAAGACAGGCAACCAUUUCUCAUGCUUUGGAGAAGACCGAAUAUGAGGACUCAGAUGCAAAAUGGACGGAGUUUGAUGAAAAAUGAAGGCAAUCAUUUCUCAUGUCAGUUCACAGCUGACAUAAUCUCAAUGAAUGCAGCUGAUUUCAUCAAAACUAGCACAUACCAAGAGAUCAAUGGAAGCAAGUACAAGCCAGGUCAGUAUGAAACAUACAUUAAAUUUACCAUGCCUGGACUUUGUCGUGUAGUCUCCGGCAUCAGCGUGCUUGAUCCAAAGUUCAACAUUGCUGCACCUGGAGCUGAUCAAUCUGUCUACUUCCCCUAGACAGAGAAAGAGCGGUGAUUGACCUCAUUUCAUCCGGCCAUCCAAGAAUUACUUUAUAGUAAGGAUGACAAUGAAGAACACAUGUGAAUCUCAUUCCACUUUGCUCUCAUCAUUUUAUAGCAAUGGACGUGUCAUUGCAAUGGCCUAAUUCAAACUAUAAUUUGUUUUGAAUCAAAGGAUUUUUGCAAGAUAAGUAGAAACCAAUCAUCUUCUCCAUGGCUAAAUUUGACAAAGUGAAGAACCUUAUUGGCCUAGUUGAGUGGUAUGCAAGAAACAAUAGGCUGAGGAGCUUGGUGAAACUUGUGAUUGUUGGAGGAUUCUUCAAUCCAGCCAAAUCCAAAAUACAGAGAAGAAUCUGAAGAGAUCAAGAAGAUCUAUUUCCUGAUGAAGGAGUACAACCUCAAGGGAAAUUCAGAUGGAUUGCAGCUCAAAGUAACCGCUACUACAACAGUGAGUUGUACCGGUACAUUGCAGAUAUGAAGGGAGCUUUUGUGCAACCAGCAUUUUAUGAAGGCUUCGGUCUUACAGUCAUUGAGGCAAUGAGCUGAGGACUACUUUUGCAACAAAUCAAGGAGGACCAGCAGAAAUUAUAAUUGAUGGGGCUCAGGCAUUCAUAUUGAUCCUUAUAAUAGGGAUGGGUCAAGUGAAAAGAACAUUGUCGACUUCUUUGAAAGGUGCAAGACUGAUUCCGAACAUUGGAACAGAAUGUCAAAAGCUGGUUUUCAGUGCAUUUGCAAAUUUUAAGUAACCGUUGGUAUUUUUUCCAUAAGAUGGUAUACAACUAUUGGAGGUUAAAAACUGAAGAAGUUGUAUUUUAAGAAUGCCAGAAAUUGUACUUACAGUUUGCUAAUUUUUUACCAUUUACCGGCAGUUAGAACAGCCAAAAAGUGAUUUAUAGUACUAGUAAAUCAAUUGCCAGAAAACGAGAACUUUCAAAAAGUGAAAGAAUGCAAGAAAACAACCCCCAAGCAAUUAAUUUCCAGUAAAAGUAGUUUUUCACUGUGAAAAAUCAUCUUCAAUAUCUUUUUGCACUGACCUGAUUGAAUAUAUCUAGUUUAGUGAUUAAUGAUUUGGACAUGGCAUUCUGUGAGUAUCUCGGGACAAUUGUCACUUUCUGUUAUUGAAAAUGAAGAGAUCUAGGUGAUAAAAUAAAGAAAUGAUCCCUUGACACAGUUUGUAGAUCCUGAACCGAUAAAAAAGAAAACAUUCCAGCAUAGAUUUAAUCCAACUCAUUUUUAAUCACGUGACACGGUUUGUAGCUAUGACACAUUUUUAUUAUAGUUUAGACAACAGCAGCACAAAUAUAUCUAACCAAACCAGUUUCCGUCCACAUUUUCCACUAAUGAGUUUAGAAAACACACAAUAGACAUUAUGGAUAACUUGAACAAAAAUAUAACACGAGUAAAGAACACAUACAACAAAGAAGUGCAUGCUAUUGAUAACCACUUUAGGCAACUGGAGUUCAAAGCAGAUGAUCCUUUGAUGUAUCAACUGCAGCAUGGGGCAUAAUCUUUUCUCAUCUGCCGCUUCAACUAUUCUUUCUCUUCCUUUAGCCUAUUCUUCUCAGCCUGCAAGAAACAGAAGUUCAGAAAUACAUUAUACACACACUCUGAUGAUCACCACUUAUUUUGAGAAAUGUAACGUAUAGCAAAACAAUAGCAUGUCUCUCAUUCAGUUUAUACCAUCACAAUUU